UGUGUUUUCAUUACGAAAUUAACUUUUAGAGAUACAUCAUCUUUAUCGAAAAAGAGCAAGUUCAUAGCCAGAUCAGUUGGUAGUCUUCAUAUAAAUGCAGAUCUCGAUUCUGCGGAAAAUAUAUGCCGAGAAGAAUCAAGAUUUCCUAGCAAGCUCGCACAAACAAUCGAAAAUCUCAAGAAAGCGAGUAAUCCUGAUUUAACGCAAUUUGAUGUAUCAAAUAAUGUAAAAUUGUCUCGAGAAACUGGAAUAGAGGAUGGUGAAAUCGAAGCAUUUUAUUUUUUACGAAAUCAACGUGGAAAGGGUGCCGUACAAAAAAAGGUCGAACGAUUUCAACCGCGAAUAUCACGUGAAACAACAAGUGGUGAAAGCGAUAGUAACGGUUCUGAAGUUAACAACAAUUCAUCUUUUGUACGAAACGAUGCAUCUUCAGUUAAUCAGCGAUAUUUUUCAAUGAAUGGUUCAAAUCGAAUUAAGAUUUUAAGUAGUGUCUCAUGUGUAGAAAGAUUGCCUAGACAAAGUUUGUUGCAAAGCACUCGUCGUAUAUUCGAACAACAACGUCGCAAUUCAUGCAAUUCAUCGACCAAUGUUUCACGGCGAGUUCCGAAUUACCUUGUACAAAAAUUUGCUGAAGAUAUGGUUGGUCCAGAUGUUGGAGCUGAAGAGUCUCCUCGGCAGUUAUCAUCACCGAGUGAUUUAAGUGCAUUUAAUGAACUUGAUGGAAGGAAUCAACAGUCCAAGCGUAAGUUCAUUGGUAUUCUUUAUUUCAAAUUUUUUUUUUCAUAUUUUUUCAACGAAUGUUUGAUAGGUUUUCUUUUUUUUCUUGAAUGA